AGCGUUUGAAACGCGAUGGCGCAGAGCAAGACCAAGACCGUGCUCGCCGCCUUUGCGUACCUACUUCUCACGGUAUGCCUCAGUGUGUGGUACGUGGCGCUCGUGACGCCGGCGAUGAGCAACGACUACUGGUGGCCCGGCUUCAGCGUCGGCGGCGUCCAGACGUUCCUCGGCGACUACUUCAACACGCGUGUUAUCCUCAGCACCAACGCGAGUUCGCAGCUGCCCCUCGCGCACCUCCGAGUGCCAAAGGCGUACACGUCCCCUCCGACCUUUAUCGGGAUGAGCCGCGCGCGGCCGCGGUCACUUGUACUGGCGCCGCUCCCGCUCCCGGUAGUGAUUACAGCGCUGCGGGCCAACGACCUCGGCAGCAACAUUCGCCUCUUUACGCAGUACUGCUAUGUGGACUUGCACCGGGCGUUUCCCAUGGCGCUCAACGCGCGGCGGCAAGCCAAGUGCGACGCGCAGUACACGGACAACGCCGCUGUGUACUUGGAGGCGCUUCUGCGCAACACAGACGCGAACGACCUGAACGCGAGUCCGUACAUGCUGCCGAUGAAUGCGACAAUCUUUGAGCCGCUGGCCGCGCUGCCGGGCGGGACCGAAGUUCUUACUCGGAUCUUUCACAGCGAAGAGGACGUGACUGUCGAGGACGAAGCCGCGUUGUGGCGGCGGUUUGGGCUCAGCACGUGGCAGUCGCAGGUCACCAACUACUACGAGCAGGGGCUGGUGCAAACGAUCUCGAUCCAGAACGCGCUUGGGAUGGCGCAGCGCGUGACCGUGUACACAGUCCCGAGCCAAUUCCGCGGGCUCGCGCUCUGGUCGACCGUCUACGCCUACGCAGGCUUCUGGAACGACCUCUGGACCGGUGACAGGCUUCACUUCACGCUGCUGCUGGGUGUCGACGCUGUCUCGGAUGCCAUCAAAGCCGACUGGGAGUACAACAUGGACUCGGUCGCGACCUUGACGCCGGUUUUGCGCGUGGUGCAUUUGGCACUGGGGCCGCUUGCCUCAAUGGACGUCUUUGUGCUGCCCAAGCCACGCGCGCUGCUCGCGCACCUCGCCGCCUACGAGGCGCGCCUCGAUGGGAUCAAGGACUCGGCGCUAUUUCGCGCCUUGGCCGAGACGACGACCGUCUAUCCUGUGCCGGCAAGCUGGACCGAGAGCAGCUUGAUUUACUAUUCGGGCAGCCCCAUGUGCUUCUCAGCCCCCGCGUACGCACUGCCGCAGGAGCCCAUGGGAUUCUACGACACGUGCGACGGCACCGCGCCGCUCAGCGUUGUGCUCGAGAGCCGCAGCGUCCUCUUUGCCCUCUCUCUGCUGCCGACAAUAUCGUCGGCAGCCGUCGCCGCGCUCUGUGGAUCACCGAGCACGUGCGCCCGCGUGCUCAGGCCGGCCUUUGCCGCCGCUGCACAACUACCGACCACAGGCGACGCAAGCGCCGCGUUGGAGGCGCUGAAGGCAACCAACGUCAGCGUCUAUCAGUUUGCCGCCAACGGAUCCGACCCGAUCCUACUGCAACAAGCGCUCGCUGAGGCCAGCCCGUGGGGCGUGUUCGGGCUCGUCAUGCUCUACGAGUGGCUCUAUGGCCACCGCGAGGUCUACGUCGUGUCUGGCGACGUCGGCGCCAUCACCACCAUCACGCAGCGCUAUGCAAUGGCGCAGCUCGAGGCCAACGCGCUCGAGCUGCCCCACCAAGCGUGCGUCUACAUGUGGUUCCUCACACUCUACGCGUCGGCGGUCGUUGCAUCCGUGAACGUCCUGGUGCUCACGUUUGGGUGGACGCAGCGCGCGCAAGUGGCCCCGUUCGACCUACUCCACGCCAACCGCCUCACGGGCUGCGUGUGGGUCGGCCGGCCCUUCCUUCUCGUGCGAGGGCUCACGGCGCUCGCUCUACUGAGUACAAGCAGCGUCCGCUUCGUCAACGACGGGUCCCUGCCCGGCAACGAGUCUGGCUUCCAAGAUGCACCCCGCUCGCUCCUGAACACGAUGAUCAUUGCCAGCGAGGCGACGUGGAUGACUUACGUCGUGGUCGAUUUCGGUUUGCCGUUGCUACGAACGACGGGCCGCGUCCGGUCGUACGGCCCCCUUAGCGCCUUCUUCGCUUGGCUGUGUAUGGUGUGUCUAGAGACGACUGCACCGUACGAAGCCAGCAUCGUGGUGGCCCCCGACUGCACGCAAAACCGCCUCGGGCUGCAGGUCACGUGCGCCCUUGGGAGCGUCGCGAUCGGAUCGCUUCCACGCCUUCUCGCUCUUCUCGGCAUCAACGUCGGCUGCAUUCCGCUGGCCAUGGCCGUCCAGCGCCUCUGUACCGGGUCGACGUCACGGGGGCAGCGCGAGUGGCGGCCGCACGUCCUUGUCCCCGCGGCCGCUGAGGUGUUUUUGAGCAAAGUGCACUCGGAGUUUUGGCACGACGACGUCGUCACGAGCGUCUUAUCCGGUCUCGUACCCUUUGGCCGCGGCGCGCGCCUCGACCUCAAGCUCUGGUGCGUCCUGCGCUUCGACUCGCUGUGCACGACCAGGGGCCCGAUCUUGCCGUUCGCAUCGUCGUUGCCGGUGCCGCUGCUCUCGAUGCGCCGCUUCUACGUCCGGGCUCUCGGCGGGUUUGCGUACGUGGUGUUCUCGAUCGUCGGCAGCUACACGUACAUUUACGUCUCGUCAACGGCGAUGGCCAACGACUUUUGGUGGGCGACGUUCAAUGCGACGGGCCACCAGACGUACUUGACCAACUGGUUCAACCGGCAGCUCCAAUUCACGGGGGCGCUGGACGCCGUCGAGCUGGCAGCGCCCAAGUUUAGCGACAACGCGCACAACUACAAUGCGACGUCGCCGCUCGCGUCCGCGCCGCUCGUCGUCUACGCCUCGUCGCUCCAGAAUCAAGUGAAUUCGCUCGCAGCGGUCAUUGCUGGUCUCCGCAAUAUGAACCCGUGCCUCAUCGCGUACAUCUCGACGAGCUACUGCUACGUGGACUUCAACCAAACGUACGAGCUCGGCGCGACUGCAGCUCGCCAAGAAGCCUGUAAGCAGCAUGUCGAGAACGGCGCCGUGUACCUCGAGUCUGCUUUGCGCAACAUUCUCGACUGGACGCAGUGGCAGCGCUGCUUCGGCGUGAGCCUCGAAACAGGUGUCUUCUCGUACCUUGCAUCCACGAGCCGCGGGCGAGCGUGGCUGCGAGAAGUGCGAGCAGACGACAAGUUGUCGCUGGCGAGCGAAGAGGCCUACUGGCGGCGCAUGGGCAUCACUGCGUUUGUCACCGAGUGGCAAAACUACAAGACGUUGGGCGUCAUUGAAACGAUAGCGAUCGAGAACGCACUGGGGAUGCAGUACCCGCUGACGCUCAAGCGCUCCAACGGCAGUCUCCACACGUCGGUGCAGUCGAGCUUCAAGAUGCACUGGACGCUCGCCAACGACCUUUACAGCAUCUCGAGCAAUGCAUCCCACGACGUCGGAAGCUCGCUUAUUCGGCAGAGUCCUCGGUUUCUCUAUCGCAACACGACCCCCGAGGCGCUUCUCAUCGCCAACGGUACGCUGCCGGCGCCAAUGGACCCGGGAUUUUCGCUCCUCCGCAGCCUUCUCGGCCCCUUCGGCACCAUCACAAUGCAGCGAGUGGCGCCGCCCCGCGAGCUCCUCACGUGGUACAAAGCCUCGACCGAAGCGCUCGUCGAACAUUUUGUCUCCGAUAUCGCGACGGCCACUGCCUACAGUGAAAUCGCCGCCGGCCUCCAGGGCAGUCCGGUGCCGCUGGCAUGGGUCGGUGCAGAAUACGUGGGCGGCGACGUCACGUGCCCGACAUUGCCGUCCCCCGCCACGUUCAACCUCCUCGAGUUCUUCACGGCCGCGGGCGCGUGCACGCUCGGCGUCUCCAACUCGGUCGUCGCGUCGAGCUCGAUGGUGGUGCUGGCCCUGCUGGCCGCAGACUUUCCAACGCCGACCGCCAUCUGCGCCGCCGAGACGGUCAGCGCCGCGUCGUGUCCUGACAACUACGCGGCGCGUCUCUCGUUUGUGCGCGCCGCCGUGCCAGAGACGCUCGUUGCCGCGGUGCAGCUGCCCGCGGCUCGGCUCAAGACGCAGCUGGCAAACCGAGUACAGCUCGUGCAGUUCCUUCGCGACAGCAGCACCAACCAAACGGUGCUUCUCCAAGAGAGUCUCUUGGCGUCGGCCUCGUUUGCGUUUCAUAGCUGGCUCUUCCUCUUUGAGUGGGUCGACGCCGUGCGCGAGGUCGUCUCGUUCGUCGGCGACACUGGCGAGUCGCUCACGAUUAUCUCGGGCCGCAACACGAUCUCGACGCAGCCCGUCAACAGCAUGGAAGUCCCGGUCAAUGUCUCGUACUACUGCCGGCGCCUCCUUCUCUUCAUCACAUUCAUCCUCGGCGCCGUCGCCAUGCUCGUCGUCGUCUACGUCCUCGGCGCCCGCGGGGCCAUCGAGGGGCUCAACAUGUUUUCCAUCAACCGCGUCGCCGGCCUUGUCUGGAUCGGUCGACCGCUGCUGCUGUUGCGCGGUACCACAGCGAUUUGCCUUCUUUCGACCGCCACACUCGACCUCAAUCAAGUCGCUGGCUUUUACGCCUUUGCACCGUCGACGCCAGCGUGGUACACGACCAUCAUGGCGUCCGGCGAAAUCACAUGGCUCGUCUUCAUCCUCAACGACGCCUUCUCGCUCCUCACCAAGCAGCACACGGCGCGCUACGGCAUGAAGGCCAGCCUCGUUGUCUGGGCCGGCCUCGCGAUUGGGACGUUUUGCCUUCCCGUGCGCCCGCUCGUCACGCUCGCUCGGUCCUGCGACGUCUCGGCCGUCGACUUUCAGGUCGAAUGCCGCAGCGGCGUCGUCGCGAUUGGCCGCAUGCGGCGCUUUGCAGGCAUCGUCGGUGGCACGACCGCCACCGUCGGUGUCUUGUACGUCCUCGAGCGGUAUCUGCGACCGCGCGCGUCGAUAUCGGAAGCGCACUCGCACCUGCUCUACGCAACGGCCAAGUACCACUACGCCACGGACGGCUGGAUCGUCGACGGCGUCUACUACAUUGACCGCGCUUCCGCCGUCCUCACCGGCCUCCUCUCGUUCGAGUGGCAGCGCACCAUGUACAUUCUUGACAUCAAAACGUGGCGGCAGUACGCGAUCGACGUCUCGGACGGCGGAGCGAGGCCCUUCCCGUACUUGGCGCACGCGAUUCCAAUGAAGCUCUGACCUCACGUUCUCAAGCAAGAGCUCGUGAACAUUCAGCAGUGUACGCCAUGAAAACACUGCCAGAGUCGAGCGCAGUUCCAUCGCCCCAUACAACAGCAGCGAGAAGCGCUCCAUUAAGCGAUGGCCGAAGAAACCGCGUAUCAAGUUUCUGC